AUGCUCUCUUACAGUGAGCUGGAUAUAGUGCAACCAGAAACAAAGCCCCUCAUGGGAACUGAGUCUUGGGAACUCUCAUUUUCAGACUCACUGCACAUAGUGAUUCUGGCUUCCAUACUUUCUCUCAUCAUUUACUGGCUCAUCAGAGACCGUCGCAGAGUUAGAAACCUGAGUGGAAAGUAUGUCUUCAUAACAGGCUGUGACACCAGACUUGGAAAUGCACUGGCCAAGUGUCUUGACAAAAGGGGAUUCUGUGUCAUUGCUGCAUGUGCCACUGAACAAGAAGGCCAAGAACUACGGUCCUGCUCCUCACUCUCCCUGAAGACAGUGAAUCUGAACUUGGCUGACUCCAGCAGCAUCUCCAGGGCUGUAGUAUUUGUGACAGAGGAAACGGCAGGCAAAGGGCUAUUUGGCUUGGUGAAUGCUACUGAAGGAACAACAUCUGCAGCACCCACUGACUGGCUGAGGAUUGAUGACUUCCACUCAGUUCUGAACGUUAGUCUACUGGGAUUGAUCGAAAUCACACUCAAACUUCUACCGCUUCUGAAAAAAGCCGAGGGAAGAGUAGUCAAUCUAAUCAAUGCUAAAGGCUUCAUGGCAUUCGUAGGGGGUGGCUACAACUUGUCCAAUUGGGGCAUUGAAUCUUUCUCCGACAUGUUAAGGAGAGAUAUUCAGCAUUUUGGAGUGAAAGUAAGCAUUAUUGGGCAUAGUUUCUUCAACGCAAAAGUUAAUUCGGGUAUCAUGGAGAGAGAUCUCUUAAGACUUUGGAACAGAUUGCCUAAUGAGAUCAGAGAUUCCUAUGGAGAAAAAUACUUUUCUGAAUAUAGAAAAGCUCAAAGAUCAUCAGUGAAAAGACUGUGCAACUCUGAUAUUUCUAAGGUCAUAAAAUGCAUGGAACAUGCCCUGCUAGCAAAGUACCCCAGGACACGAUAUGGAGCUGGAUGGGAUGCAAAGUUCUUUUGGCUGUUCCUCUCCUAUGCCCCGAGCUGUUUAUCUGACGUGCUGUUUUACAUGAUGUUUCCAGUUCCAGCAGCUAGUGGGAGUUCAGUCCCUGGAGUUCUAAUCAACAUUUAGUACUAUAACCAGCAUCGACUCUAUAGAAAUAACUCUGAAUUCUGUCAUAAACAGUUGACAUCUCCUCUUUACAAGUUACUAGAGUGCUUAAAUUUCCUUCAGAAAACACUUUCUCCUACUUACCUGAAAUUUCUGAGUUUGUAGAUAAGACUCGU